AUGAGCAUCAGUGUUCAGAAUCCGAAUGUGCCGCGAAAACAUCUUACUACUGUAGGUGCUCCGUUGUUUGAGGACCCCAGAGCGAUCGAAUAUGAAUACGUUAGGUUUCAGGGUGCCCUGGAACAUCAAAAUGUCUACAAGGGCACGCCAAAUAUGGAGCUCGAUGAAGCAUGGGAGGUCCUUAUACACACGAACAAUUCCGGAGUGGAUGGCAAUGUUAUAGAUCGUAUCCAAAAGUCGCGUAUAGCCGCCAAGUACCCAAAGGAACAAGGGGGGCAGUACUAUACUGGCAUUGAGGUUUUCCACCACAUGCACUGCUUGAAUUUGAUACGCCAGUAUACCUACAAAGACUACUACCACCGCCCAGAGAACAGACCCAAGCCUUUUACUGACUCGGAACCUGUACUUCGCGCUCACGUCGACCACUGUAUCGAUAUGUUACGACAGGUCCUGAUGUGCCAAGCCGAUGUCGGUAUAGUCACAUAUAACUGGGUCCAUCCCUGGGGUCUGUAUCCUGACUUUAGUACGGAGCACAAGUGCCGCAAGUUUGACAAGAUUGUUGAAUGGGCUGACAAGCACGCACUACCGGAUGAUGACCCCGAGCCUGAUUCUGAGACUGUUUGGUUAUCAGGCCCACCACAGUAG